AUGGUUUGGAGACAAAAGGUCAUUUCCAUCACAGCUCCCAAGAGAGGUUUUCAUUUGGUGACGGAAAAGGUACUCUCGUCCAUUCAAUCGGAAUUGUCGAAUAUUAAAAUCGGUCUUUGUCAUCUCUUCAUUCAACACACUUCAGCAUCAUUGACUGUGAAUGAAAAUUAUGAUCCAUCGGUUCGUCAUGAUCUUGAAGAAUCUUUUAAUCGAUUGGCUCCAGAAAAUCAACCCUAUUAUCAACACACAUUCGAGGGAAGUGAUGAUAUGCCUGCUCAUUUGAAAACUGUACUCAUUGGUCCUUCUAUUACAAUUCCAAUUACGAAUGGAAAAUUAGCACUCGGAACAUGGCAAGGAAUUUAUUUGUGUGAACACAGGAAUGACCCUUCAGCAAGAAACAUUGUGAUUACGAUUCAGGGUGAAUAA